AUGCAACCACCAACUGAUGGGGAUCUUAUAACUAUUCUUAGUAUUGAUGGGGGAGGAGUAAGAGGAAUCAUCCCUGGAGUUAUCCUCGAAUACUUAGAAUCACAACUUCAGGAGCAAGAUGGUCCGGACGCAAGGAUUGCAGAUUACUUUGAUGUGAUUGCAGGAACGAGUACAGGUGGUCUUCUAACGGCCAUGCUGACAGCACCAAAUGAAAACAGUCGGCCUUUAUAUGCUGCAAAUGAAAUAGUUCCUUUCUAUCUUCAGCACUCUCCUAAAAUUUUCCCCCAAACCAGAGGACCAUUUGCCUGGAUCAUAAAGUUAUUCAAGGCUUUAACUGGACCUCAAUAUAGUGGGGAAUAUCUUCACAAGCUGAUAAGGGGCAUACUAAAUGGCACGAGGUUGCACCAGACUUUGACUAGUGUUGUAAUUCCGGCAUUCGACAUACAAAAUCUCCAGCCUACUAUCUUUAGCUCAUACGAGUUGAAAAAUAACCCUCUCAAGGAUGCCCUACUAUCAGAUAUAUGCAUCGGCACGUCGGCAGCGCCCGUUUUUUUUCCUGCCUAUUGUUUUAAGAACACAGAUGCAAAAGGGAAUGAACAAGAAUUUAACCUUAUUGAUGGUGGUGUGGCUGCCAAUAACCCGACACUGGUUGCUAUCAGCGAAGUAACCAAGCAAGUGUUCAAGAAGAACCCGGAGUUCUUCCCAAUCAAGCCCAUGGACUAUGGUCGUUUCUUAGUAAUCUCAAUAGGGACAGGCUCCGCAAAGAAUGAACAUAAGUACAAUGCAAAAACGGCUUCCAAGUGGGGACUUAUAGGGUGGUUAUUUAACGAUGGAUCUACUCCAUUAAUAGAUGCCUAUAAUCAAGCAAGUGCAGACAUGGUUGAUUUCCACAAUAAUGUGGUUUUUGAAGCACUACGCUCAGAGAAUAACUAUCUUCGAAUCCAAGAUGACACGUUAAGCGGGAACCUAUCAUCUGUCAAUGUGUCCACAAAAGAGAACUUAGAAAACCUUGUGAAAGUUGGUGAAAAGCUGUUGAAGAAACCAAUUUCUCGGGUGAAUAUGGACACCGGCCAAAACGAACCAGUUGAAGAUGGUGGAACCAAUAUGGAAGCUCUCAAGACGUUUGCAAAAUUAAUUUCAGAUGAAAGGAAACUUCGGGAGUCGAAAUACAUGGACAUCAAAAACUUUAAAUCAGUUGACGUUGUUGCUUGA